AUGUUCACCAAACUGAUCUUCAUCGCCGCCUUGGCCAUCUCAUGUGCAAGUGCAAAGCCCGGAGUCAUCGCUCCGGUGGCAUAUUCCGCCCCGCUGCUGGCCGCUCCCACCCAGGCUGUCCUGAACACCCAAAGUACCCAGGUCGUUGGCCGUAGCUACGCUGCCCCGCUUGCCUACACUGCUGCCGCUGCUCCUCCCGCUCUGGCUUACACGGCUCCCGUAGUGGCCAAGGUCGCCGCUGCUAGCCCACUUGCUUACGCUGCUGCUCCUCUGGCCUACACCGCGGCUGCCGCCUACGCUGCCCCCUAUGCCGCUGCUCCGUUUGCGUCUCCUUAUCUAGCCGCAGCUGCCUACCGUUACAGUCCGUACGUGCUGUGAAUCUGUGAUCGGAAUGGAACAAGGCUGGUUACUGAAAAUGUGAUAUAUGCAUAUAUAGAGGUGUGCGUUGAAUGAUGGUGUGACGUGCGUGAGAUCAUGAAUGGUGAAAUCAAAUACA